AUGCCAUCCCCGAAACCUCCAUUCGAGCUCAAGGACCACUGUACCCUCAUACACCAAAAUGUCCUCUACGUCUACUCACCAGCUGGGUUUAUGUCGCUUGCCCUGGAACCGAAUGCGAAGUGGAGCAAGCUAGCCGUGGGGAGAUCUGUGACCGGAGCGUCCUGCUUUAAAGGUCCGACUGAUGGGGACAUGAACAAUCCGGCCUUUUUUGUAGUCGGCGGUACUGGUGGUCCGGAUGACUAUCUCGGGGUUCAAAGCUACUCGUUUUUAGACAAAAAAUGGAGAUUUCCGAGCCUGGAUGGGAAUAAUUUGAAAAAUAGGGUCAACCACGACGCAGUGUUCAUUGAAUCCCAAUCAUCUAUCCUCGUUUUCGCCGGCUCUACAAAUGGCAACCCUACCCCAUCAACGGAAACGUUCAUGAUUUCUAUGAGCCCCAAUCUAUACCACAUUGAGUCUCGUGGUGGACCUGUCGCGCCAUCUACGAAACCGGUGCUUUUACCUUGGGGAAAAGACACAGUGCUACUCAUCGCGGGCAGCGGGGAUAACAAAGUCUACCAAUUCAAGGACAAUGCGUGGCAUAUGUUUGACUAUGCUCUAGAGAGCCCAAUAGCCGACCCGACUAAUACCCCCAUUAUCGCAAAUCCGUACAUAGACGGAAACAUGGCCCUGCAAGUUUUCGAUUUGGCAGCAUCCCCGAUCACUGUCCGUACAGAUAACUUGGUUCCGCCGGGCGCUCCUCACAGACGAUCCAUUCAUUCCCGGCAUCAUAAUCAUGUCAAUUCGAUUAUACAGAAACGAGACUCGUACCCUGCUUAUAAUUCUACCUUAGCUCCUACUGGAUCGCGUACCGGAGCUUCCAUUGCGUCUGACCCAGGAUAUAAUAAUAGAGUAGUAAUUUCCGGCGGAAACAGCGAAGAGCCCAUUGUCAUCUUUAAUCAAGAUGAUAAUGCGUGGCUGGAUAUCAAGCAUUUCUUUUCUGUUUCUACCACCUCUUCGGCUUCUUCCUCGACCAUGACCCCUUCCUCCAUGACCGCCAUCAGCAGCACAUCAACGCCCAUAAUCACGUCUGCACCCACAUUCACGCCAUACCCAACCGAGACAGAAUCUCCUACCUCCAGUGAACGAGUCGACAGUAUUGUUCCUCCAGAUGGCCGUACCUUGACCAUAAUUGGCGCCACUCUUGGUACUCUCCUAGGCAUCGGAGCCAUAAUCAUAAUCAUCCUACUUAUACUUGCCUGGAGGCGGCGGACCAGUUUAUACUGCCAACAUACCAAAGAAAAACACAUGAAUUCAGACGAUAAGGAUAGAUUCAGCUUCCAGGAUGCUGGUGUGGAACCUCUCACCCAAUCAAUACAGCCGAUUGCAAGAGGCCCUGUUCCUUCAACUGACUCCUGGGCAUAUAUCUCCGGCCAAGCUGACGAUUAUUCCCGAGCAUCCUUAAACCCUCCGCCUCCGCCGCCAACCAGAGGUAUGCCUAUAUCCGAGAAAAGCCCAAGCCCGCUUCGGGUUGUGGAAACGACUCGGGAUGAACGGCCCGAUAGUGAUGUCUAUCCUCCAGUUUCAACGAAACAGGUUUUCGGGGCCGUUGUAGAUCAUAGACAAAGUGAGGCCGAUGACAGGCUGACGGAUGAAGGUUGGAGCAAGUAUUUCCAGCGUGAAAAGGACAAUGGAUCGGUGAAAUCUCGUGUUUCUUCCGUCGACUCCAAAUACUCCAAGUCGGAUUAUAAAUCGGACUACCAGUCAGACUACCGAGGAAGCGGAUGGCCUCACACAUCAGCUCAAGUGCCACCUCUAAGGUUCGGCGGGCCACAGCCCCUUGGAAUGGUUCCAAGUGGUAGCCCCAGCACCGAAACCCCUCCCAAGUGGUCAUUCCCACAGCAUCAGGCUAUGUCUGCUAAAAUAUCCAAUGCAGACUCGAUUAGCAUCAACUCGGACGACUACUACGACAACCAAAGGGACACAGCAAAGAGCGAUACCUUUUCAACUGGGGCUCCAGGCAGCACCCAUGACGUGGAUCGCUGGGGUAGAGUUUCGAGAGAGCCUCGGGUGGCCAGCAGCAAUUACUCGAAUAGUGUAUACUACGAUAACCCUGGCCCUCCGCAUCCUGGGGGUCCGGACCGACAAAUGAACCCAAUGUUCCCUGGAAGUCGUUCUCCCUCAUCAUAUUACGGGCGUAACAAUCGUUCUGCGAGCAGGGGAAUACUCAGCUCCGAUAUUAGCUGGCUCAACAUUGGAGGCAACAGAUAG